CUCAGUCAGACUGGUGAAUGGGACCACUUCCUGUUCUGGGACAGUGGAAGUCUUCUAUGAAGGAGAGUGGUUGGGUCUAUGUUUUAGGUGGUGGAGAAUGAUGAGAGAUGCUAAGAUUGUGUGUAGAGAGCUGGACUGUGGGAAUCCUGUAGCUGAAUCUAGAGGACCUCUGUUUGUAGAUGGAAGAAGAGGAGUCACGAUGUGGAGAUGUAGGAGAGAUGAGUCUUCUAUUAGAUGGUGUAACAUCAAAGGAGGACCUGGUGUCUGUGAUGGUGGAUAUUAUCGUCAUGUGACCUGUUCAGAGUCUGUGCGGCUUGUGGAUGGAGCUGGUCUCUGCUCUGGGAGAGUGGAGGUGAAGUCCAAUCAGUCCUGGGCCUCAGUGUGUGAAGCUGACUUUGACCGGCAGGAUGCAGAGGUAGUCUGUGGGGAGCUUGGCUGUGGGGUUCCUGCAGCUCUACAGGGGGGGCUCUAUGGAGAAGGUGGGGGUCAGACCUGGGAUAAAGAGUUCCAGUGUAAAGGCAAAGAGUCCCUUCUCUUGGACUGUGACACCUCAGACAGAGAGAACAACACCUGCCUACCUGGUAAUGCUGUUGGACUCACCUGCUCAGGUUAGAAACAGUUUGUCAUUCAGUCAACAUUGUUUCUCACCUGGAGUGAAGAAUAUGAGAGACAAUAUAGGUGUGUUUUA